AUGUGGUCUUCACCAGAAAAUAUUAAUCUUCCAAAAAUUGGCACUUUUUCGAGUCGUAUAACUUCUAAACAUCUUUAUAUUAUUGCUUUCAUAUUUCUUGGUUUACUCUCAUUUUCAUUACUUAUUACUGUUAUUGUUCAAGCACGAAAAAACAAUAAUAAUACAAAUAUAGAUACUUCAUAUGUUAACAAUAAUGAUUUAUGUCUUACACGAGGUUGUAUAUCAGCAUCAACACAUCAAUUACGUUCUAUAAAUAGUAUAGCAUCAUCAAAUUUAUGUACAGAUUUUUAUACAUAUGCAUGUGAUGGUUGGGUUAAAACUCAUCCUAUACAAUCAUAUGAUGUUGAACGAACAAUACUUGGUGAUAUUAUUAAUCGACGUGAUUUUGAACUUGAACGUCUUCUUGAUGCACCUAUAUUACGUACGGAUGAACGAAGUUGGGAAUAUAAAAUAAAAACAUAUUAUGCCGAAUGUCUAGAUGAUUAUGCACGAGUACCUGAUAGUGGAAAAUUUAUGAUAGGACUUAUACAAGCUAAAGAUACACUUGAUGGUUGGUAUCUUUUUGAUAAUAGUGGUGCAGAUGUUAAUCAAGAAACUUUAUUAAAAAAUCAAAGUCUUUAUAAACAAAUGUCUCAUAUUCAUGGAGAUUUUGGUGUCAGGGCUGUAUUUGGUAUACGUACAAGAUUUGAUGAAAAUGAUACAAGUAUAAAACGACUUGAAUUCUUUCCAGCUGGUCUAACAAUGGAAGUUAACGAUUAUGUAGCUACUGAUCCCAUAUCAACAGCACGUCGUGCAGCUUUUCAAAUAUAUAUUCUUGCUGUCACAAAUCUACUUGCUCAAGAAGCAGGAAUAAAUGAUAGUAAUCUAGGUAUUCGAACGGCUAAUAUUGCUAAUGAUGUACUUGAUGUUGAAAGAUUUCUAGCUGAAAGUCUUCAACGUAAUCCUACAUCUAAUAUACCAAGAACAACAAAUUUACAGACCAUUUCCGAACAAUUUUCGUUUAAUUUUUCUCAAUUAAUGGCACAUGAAUUAGGUGAUGAAAGUGUUAUCUCAAUAUUAACACCUAUAUAUCUAUUAAAUAAUAUGUAUUUUACUGAUGCAUUUGAAUAUAUAACAAAUAUUAAUGAUUCUACUCGUGAUGAUCUAUUCUCAUCAUCUAUAAUAUUUAGUCCAAUAUUUGCACGAAAAAUUCAUAAUUAUCUUCGAUGGCGUCUUGUUUCAACUUAUAUUGAGGAUCUAUCAUAUAAUUAUGUUCAUGCACAUCGAGUCUAUCUUAAUGCUUAUUAUGGUUAUACAUUACAUACAUCAAAUGAAAUUUAUUGUAUACGUGAAAUUGUACGUCGUUUUCCACUUGCUAUUCAACGUUUAUAUACAAUGAAUUCAACAAAAUAUACUAAUGCUAUUACAACAGUUCAAACGAUAUUUGAUUCAUUAAAAAAUGGAUUUAAAGAAUAUAUUAGUGAAAAAGCAAAAUGGAUUGCCGAUGAAGAAACAAAAAAUAUUGCUAUAGACAAAAUUGAUAAACUAACAGCAGCUAUUGGUUAUGCAGCAAUUGCAUCCGAUGAUGCAUCUCUUGAUAAUUAUUAUGAAAAAUUUGUUGUAAGUGAUAAUUCACAUCUUGAAAAUGCAUAUAGUUAUCAUCAUUUUUAUCGAUGGAGUUUAUCAAAUUCAAUAAAAAAUCCAAAUCUACUUGAUCAUUGGGAUUUUUUUGAAACACGAACAAAUCGACUAUUUGAUUAUAUUUCACUUUUUAAUCGUUUAUUUAUUAUUGCUAGUGGUAUGCAUGAACCACUUGUUAAUUCACAAUGGCCAUGGUCUGUAAAUAUGGGAUCAAUUGGUGUUCUACUUGCUCAAAAACUUUUUUCUAGUAUAGAUAUUCCUGAAGGUCGAACACAUUUACCAAAUGGAACACGUUAUGAUUGGUGGCAAACACCAACAAUAAUUAGUUAUAAUAAUAGUCGUAAUUGUAUAACUAAUUAUUAUGUAAAUGAUUUAAAAACAAUAACAUAUAACGUAAAUGGUGUUCCUGUACAAGUUCAAUUAGCUGGUGAACCAUUUUCACCAACAACUCUUCGACAUAUAGGUGCAUUACGUUUUGCUUAUGGUACAUUAAUAAAAAAUAAUGAUAUAAAAAAUUUUAAAAUGCCUGGAACAAAUUUUACAAGUGAACAAACAUUUUUUCUUUCUUAUGCUCAAACACAAUGUUAUCAACGACAAGAACUUUUACAAUUAUUAAGAACACAAUUAGGUGUCUAUGAUGAAAGAACAGCAUUAAAUGUUGCUCUUAUUCAUAUGCCAGAAUUUGCUCAAGCAUUUCAAUGUCAACCAAAAGAAAAUCAAUGUUUUCAAUAG